UUCAGGAUAGAACUAGUUGGCCCUUCUCAUCAGUCAUGGACUUGGAAGAAAUUUCAGCAGAAAUGAAAAACAGUUUCAAUGGCGGAAAGACGGAGUCCAUAAGUUGGAGGAAGAGCCAACUUCAAGCUAUUAUCAACUUAGUUGUUGAAAAUGAAGAAGAAAUAUUGCAUGCGCUUCAUACUGAUUUGGGCAAGAGUCCAGCUGAGGCAUACAAAGAUGAGGUUGCUCUUGUAGAAAACGCAGCGAGGGUUGCUAUAAAAUGCCUACCCAAGUGGAUGGCACCCACAGGGGUUUCCCUUCCGCUUGUAGCAUACAAAGGUUCAGCCUCAGUGGUUGCAGAGCCCCUUGGUGUAGUUUUAAUAUUCUCUACAUGGAAUUUUCCUUUCAAUCUGGCUUUAGAGCCAAUGGUGGGGGCCAUUGCAGCAGGGAAUGCCGUGGUUUUAAAGCCCUCAGAAAUGGCUUCUGCUAUAUCAGAUCUCCUUGCAGAUCUUAUUCCCAAAUACUUGGAUAAUAGUACGGUGAGAGUUGUUCAAGGAGGCGCUGAGGAGAGCACUAAAUUGCUGGAGCUAAAGUGGGACAAGAUAUUUUUCACUGGAAGCGCACGCAUUGGGCGAAUUAUCAUGACUGCAGCUGCAAAACAUCUUACGCCAGUUACUCUGGAAUUGGGUGGAAAAUGUCCCUUAAUUGUUGAUCGCAUGCAUGCCAAUAAGGAUUUGCUGGUGACAUCAAGGCGAAUAGCCUUUGGCAAAUGGGGUUUAAGCAAUGGACAAGCAUGCCUUGCACCUGACUACAUUCUUGUUCAAGAAGAUUUUGCUACUACCCUGAUCGAUUACCUGAAGAAGACGAUCAAAAAGUUUUAUGGAGAGGAUCCCAGCAAAACUACUGAUCUCUCAAGAAUUGUCAACACACACCAUUUUAUGAGGCUUACAAAGUACCUGCAAGAUCCAUCUAUUGCAAAUACUAUAGCCUAUGGUGGCAGCCAUGAUGAGAAGAGAUUGUAUGUGCAGCCAACAAUUCUGCUUAAUCCGCCUUUGACCUCGGACCUAAUGAAUGAGGAAAUUUUCGGACCACUGCUUCCUGUCAUCACAUUGAAAAGAAUUGAAGACUCCAUAGAUUUCAUCAAUUCAAGGUCAAAGCCACUGGCCACCUAUCUUUUCACAAACAACAAAGCUCUUGGGAAAAGACUUGUGAAUGAGACAUCCUCAGGGAGCUUGGUAGUCAAUGACACUGGUGUUCAGUUUGCUAUCGAUGGUUUGCCAUUUGGAGGGGUGGGAGAAAGUGGGUUUGGGAAGUACCAUGGAAAGUAUUCAUUCGAUACAUUCAGUCACCAAAAGGCAGUGCUGUAUAGAGGGCUGUUUCCAGAGGUGUCGUUCAGAUAUCCUCCAUGGAAUGCUUUCAAAUUCAGCAUGCUCCACGCUGCUCUACGCUACGACUAUUUGGCAGCAAUAUUAGUUUAUUUAGGCCUUAAAAAGUGAUGCCCUCUCAACCAUCUUCAUG